CGCAACAGAAUCCGCAUUUAAACAGCAGACUCUGCUUCUGUACCUAGUAAUAAUUAUCUCCACCUUCUCCACUCUCCCUCUCUCUCUCACUCUCUCUCUCACACUCCACAGCUAGCCGGCCAUGGCUUCAUUUGAGACGGAACCAAAAUCAAGUGACGAGAUCGACGAGUGUCGCCGAUAGAGGAGGUUCACCUGACGGUAUCAAAUACCGACGAUCCUACGCUUCCUGUAUGGACCUUCAGAAUGUGGUUUCUGGGAAUAAUCUCGUGCGGGCUACUCUCAUUCCUCAACACCUUCUUCGCCUACCGAACCGAGCCGCUCUUGAUAACCAUGAUCUCGGUCCAGGUAGCGAGUCUCCCGAUAGGGAAGUUUAUGGCGAGGACUCUGCCCAACAACAAGUUUCGGAUCCCCGGGUUUGGGGAUCGGGAGUUCUCGCUGAAUCCCGGCCCGUUUAACGUGAAGGAGCACGUUUUGAUAUCGAUUUUUGCCAAUGCUGGGUCUGGGUUUGGAGGUGGAACGGCUUAUGCUGUUGGAAUUGUUAAUAUCAUCAAAGCCUUUUAUCACAGGAAUAUUUCUUUCGUGGCUGCAUUGAUUCUUGUUAUCACUACACAGGUGUUGGGAUAUGGGUGGGCUGGGAUUCUGCGGAGGUUCGUGGUGGAGCCGGCUGAAAUGUGGUGGCCUAGUAGUCUCGUUCAAGUUUCUGUUUUCAGGGCUCUGCACGAGAAUGACAAUGCUCGCAUGUCGAGAGGGAAAUUCUUCUUGAUUGCACUUAUUUGCAGCUUCUCCUGGUAUAUCUUCCCUGGAUACCUUAUGACAGUUUUGACAAGUAUUUCUUGGGUUUGCUGGGUAUUUCCCAAAUCAGUAACGGCCCAUCAAAUCGGUUCAGGAAUGGAUGGACUUGGACUCGGAUCCUUCGCCCUCGACUGGUCAUCUAUAGCCUCUUACCUAGGCAGCCCCCUUAUAAGCCCGUUCUUCGCCAUUGCCAAUGUCAUUGUUGGCUAUAUAUUAUUGAUCUAUGGCGUAAUCCCACUCGUUUACUGGGGAAGUAAUCUUUAUAAUGCAAAGACCUUCCCAAUCUUCUCCUCCGAUUUGUUCAAUGAACAUGGGCGGCCAUAUAAUGUAUCAGCUAUUGUGAAUGACAAGUUUGAAAUAGACAGAGCAGCAUAUGACAGGGAGGGACUUAUAAAUUUGAGUGUGUUCUUUUCGGUGACAUAUGGUCUUGGCUUUGCUGCCAUUGUAUCUACCAUCACACAUGUGGCCUUGUUCAAUGGAAGGGAGAUAUUAAGACAGUUUCGAGCUUCGUACAAAGGAAAGCAAGAUGUUCACACAAAAUUAAUGAAGAAAUACAAAGGCAUUCCUGAAUGGUGGUUUUAUGCUAUGCUUGUUGUGUCAAUGAUACUUUCUCUCAUGCUGUGCAUUUUUUUCAAAAGUGAGAUUCAAAUGCCAUGGUGGGGGCUUCUUUUCGCAGCAGCACUUGCACUAGCGUUCACUCUUCCUAUUAGUGUCAUUACUGCAACAACAAACCAGACACCGGGACUAAAUGUUGUAACAGAAUACAUCAUGGGUAUCAUUCUGCCUGGUAAACCAAUAGCCAAUGUGUGCUUCAAGACUUACGGCUACAUUAGCAUGAGUCAGGCAGUUUCCUUCCUCAACGAUUUCAAGCUCGGCCACUACAUGAAGAUUCCACCAAGAUCAAUGUUCUUAGUCCAGUUGAUAGGCACUAUUAUAGCUGGGGUUAUUAACAUUGGAGUGGCUUGGUGGCUAUUGACUAGCAUAGACAACAUAUGUCAAGAAGGUCUUCUACCCCCAAACAGUCCUUGGACAUGUCCAAGUGAUCGUGUCUUCUACGACGCCUCUGUCAUUUGGGGUUUGGUCGGACCAAAGCGAAUGUUCGGGCCUCUUGGAAACUACUCUGCACUCAACUGGUUCUUCCUUGGAGGUGCUGUAGGACCUCUCAUUGUAUGGUUGCUACACAAAGCUUUCCCAAAACAGAAAUGGAUUCCUCUGAUAAAUUUACCAGUACUUUUGGGGGCAACUGGUAUGAUGCCGCCAGCUACAGCUGUGAAUUUCAAUAGCUGGAUUGUGACGGGAGUUAUCUUCAAUUACUUCGUCUUCAAGUAUAGGAAGAACUGGUGGCAGAAAUAUAAUUAUGUUCUCUCUGCGGCUUUGGAUGCUGGGUUGGCUUUUAUGGGGAUUCUUCUAUACUUCAGUCUGUCAAUGGAGGAUAAAAGUUUAUCUUGGUGGGCUACAAAUGGAGAACGCUGUGAUUUAGCUACAUGCCCAACAGCCAAAGGCAUUGUUGUUGAUGGGUGUCCUGUGUAUUGAUUCUCAUUUCAAUUGCACACGAAAUAUCUAUUAGUAGGGAAAAUAAAAGGAAGAUUAAACAGCAUAAGAAAGCACUUUCAUGUUGUAAAUAUAAUUGGGUUCAUUUGGUAGAGCGGUUAGAGUGAUUUUCAAUGUUAACAGAAAAGUUGUGGAAAAAAAGUUGAGCUUAAAGUUGUAAAAUAUGAUGUGAGGUAUUUGAUGAACUAAAAGUUUACGCUAGCA